UUCGAGACAACAAUCACCUCCCUCCCCUUCUAUAUAGCCCACACAGCCACUGUCCAGAGAGCCAGGCAGGGCUUGAUAUGCAAAUAUAGCCUGAGUAGGUGGGAGCCAAGAGCAGAGUGCACAGCAAUGUGAGAACUCUCAUAAGCUCCGCCCACCAAAGCUAGUUGCUAAGUAACCACUCGCAAAGGGGAGGGAGGGGAGGAGGGACCAUGAAUUCACCAACUGUUGCCUGAUCCGAGCUCUCUCAGUGUGCGAAUGCGAGUCAGUCGGUAAACCAGGCAGCGAGAGGGGCCAGAGGGAGUGUGAGGUGCAGAGUGUGCUUGUUUGUGCGUGUGAAUGUGUUUGUGUGUCACAGAGAAAGAGAGAGAGAGGCAGUGUGGAAGGAAGUGCCGGGCAGCUGAUGCGGUGUUUUAAAGCAAACGAUCCGUCCUGCUCCGCUCCUCUGCUUCUCUCUGGACUAUACCACUAACAGAGACUCACCCUUUGGACUAUCCUGACGCUUUCUCCUCCUUUGAACGGAACACCUGUGUGUGUGUUUGUGUGUGUGAGCUGAGACACCUGACUUCGCCCUGGGGAACAGGGCGAGUGGCUAACUUCAGUCGAUGAAGGUUUGACUGUUGGAAAGAGGGGAACUGCUGCCCAUGGACUCCCUUCAUUAGUAAACGGGGGUGGUGAGGAGGAGCGGGUUCGUCUGGUCAUCAUGUGCACACGGGCCUAUCCUGACCCCAUCCCUGAGUGCCAAAUAUUCCCUGGAGAGGUAGAGGAGCCCGAAGAGGAGGUGGUAGACGACGGCAGAGAGAGGGAAUCAGACAGAGACAGUGCUGUGGAAAGCACCCAGGGGUCAGACACCUCUGAGGGGCCAGUCAGACCAGGGGACAAGGAAGACACACUGGGGGAUCUCUUUUUCCCUGGGGAUAAGUGUGGCCCGACUACCAUCUCAGUGAUCUCUGACCUAUCAACUCGUUCCUCAGCUUCUCUGAACGAGGAACAGUUUGAGGACUACGGGGAGGGAGAGGAACCAGACUACACUCCUAGCAGCCCCUGUCCGGACGACGAGACUCGUACCAACGGUUACUCUGAUCUAGGCUCAUCUGUUCCCUCUAGUGCUGGCCAGACUCCUCGUAAGGUGCGUCAGAAUUACACCGGUGAACUGAUGGAUGUCUACUGUUCUCAGUGCAGCAAAAAGGUCAGCCUGCUAAAUGACCUGGAGGCUCGUCUCAAAAACCUCAAGGCUAACAGUCCCAACAGGAAAAUCACCAGCACUGCUUUUGGAAGGCAGCUGCUCCACAACAGCAACUUGAGCAGCAGUAAUGGCAGUACAGAGGACCUUUUCCGGGAUAGCAUCGACUCCUGUGACAUUGACAUCAAUGAGAAGGUGAGUUGUCUGGAGAAGAAGGUUGCAGAAUUGGAGAAUGAGAUCCUAAUGAAUGGUGAUCUCAAGUCCAGGCUAAAGCAGGAGAACACACAACUAGUACACAGGGUUAAUGAGCUGGAGGAGCAGCUCAAAGAUCAGGAGACGCGAGCAGAGCAAAAUUUGCAGGAGGGGCUUAGACGGCAUCGAGAGGCCUACAGCAAGAUGGAGAGAGAUAAGAACACAGAGAUAGAGCUGCUGACCAACCGAGUUAAGCAGAUGGAGGAGGAGAAUGGUGAGAUGGCUCUUAACAUGUGCCGACUCAAGUCACAGACAGAGAAACUGGAUGAGGAGAAGCAAAGGAUGACAGACAAGUUGGAGGACACCAGUCUGCGGCUGAAGGAUGAGAUGGACCUCUACAGGAAAAUGAUGGACAAACUGAGACAGAACAGACAACAGUUUCAGAAAGAGAAGGAAGCCAUGCAGGAGCUGAUAGAAGAUUUGCGACGAGAGUUGGAGCAUUUGCAGGUGCUCAAGCUGGAGGCAGAGAGGCCUGGCCGGAGCCGCAGCUCUUCGUCUGGCUUGUCUGACUUCAGCAGCAGAAGCAGGGAGGUAGAGCUAGAGCACGAGGUGAAGAGGCACAAGCAGCGAUUUGGGUCCCGGGACUUUCUUCCCCCUGAACUCCAGCACCUGGUGUUGUCUGGGGCUCGGCUCCCUCCCGGUCUGAUGGAGAACCAGAAGCUGAGGGAGCAGAAUGAAGAGCUAAACGGUCAGAUCCUCAGCCUCAGCCUUCAUGAAGCUAAGAACCUGUUUGCCACACAGACCAAGGCCCAGUCUCUAGCUGCGGAAAUAGAUAAUGCUUCCAAAGACGAAAUAAUGGAAGCCCUGAAGGAGCAGGAGGAAAUUAACUUCCGAUUACGACAGUACAUGGACAAAAUCAUCCUCUCCAUCCUGGACCACAACCCCUCCAUUCUGGAGAUCAAAAAGUAGCAGUGACUCAACUGGAAUGAGAGUUGUUCUCGAACUUGGGAGAAUGGGGAUCAUUCCAGUUGUUUGAUCAGAUCCUGCAACCUGGGGUCUGUGCAAGAAUACAGAGAACAAGAGCCAGUUUUGCUAACUGGGACAAAUAAAUAGAUGUCGCCCCCUGCUGUUUGUGGCAGGAAAAGACUUUUUUGUGAUGGUUGAAGUAAAGGGAGUUUUCUCACGUCACUGACUGUAUGUCAUACCCCUUUGACUCUUCGAAUCGAGUGAUGCUGUUUUGUUUUUAUUCUUUCUCUAUGCUGUGAACUGUCAUUAUGGCGGUAACUUCUGUCUCAUAAGACAGUGAUUUAUUAUUAACUGGUGAUCUAUUCCCAGGAAUAUCCUGCAUUCAGCAGACUAAGGAUUGACAGACUUGUGUGAUAGUACACUGGAGAAAUGUACAUGGGUAAAAAAAACUGGAAUAGUGUAACAAAACUGAUGUGGGUUCUACGGUACCCUGGUGUUAUAUUAACAGCAUUAUUUAAAGGCAGUUUGGUAUAGUGUAGAAGGACAACACUUUAGGAAGAUGCAGUGAGAUAGACAAACGUGUUUAAAAAGUGAGGCAGACCAGCCCAGUGCUGCCCGAUCUGUAAACUGCCAGUCUUUUCUUCCCUGUCAUGUAUGUGAGUGUUCUCUGAAUGCAUGUGACGACAUAAUUGGACAAGCACGUGUUAAAAGAGGACUGAGGAAUGAGGCAGAGGUGUUUAGAGAGAGAAAAGCUUAUAAGCUGAAAACAGUGAAUGAAGCAACAGAUUUCUGUAAAGAACUGGGAAGUCAGAUGAUGGACCAUGUACACUUGCAAAGGAGGACUGUAGUGAAGUCAGAGACUAUAAAUUGAAGGUAACUUUUUUUAUUUCAGGAACAUGUCUUCCAUGACCCUUGGAACAGCACGUGUAGUGUCAAUCAAUCCAAUAGUGGAUAUUUUUCACUGAUAAGUGGCCCUUAGUUGGUUCAGCCGAGUACCAUAAUAGAUGGUCACUUUAUGGUGCAGAAGCUGCAACCAAGGAGUGUCUUUAAACUAACUUUCAUGGCUAUUAUGUGCUAGCAAAGCAUGUGAUUAAAGGUUUUCUCUGUUGAUAGCAAUAGACCCAAUGAUGUUGCACAAAUGUAAUGAUAUGAAUGUACAGGAUGUAUGGUGGAUACAUUGGAGUGACUAGUAGCCAUUGUUAUGUGGUUUACUGAGUCACCUUUGUGUGCUCAGUGAAAUCAACUCGGAUACUGAAUGUGAAUAUUCACAUGAGACUAAACUUUUGGUACAAAAGACUGGAUUAGCAAGCCAAUGGAAGCCUACAGGUCACAGGUAAAGCCUCAAUUGUUCUCUAAAAUUCUCUAAUAAUGUAAAUACCAUGAAUGUACAACUUAUUAUACUUUGUGUGGCCGCAAAGGCUUCCUGAAUUUAAAUUUAUAACUGGGUAAGAUGUGCUGUAACACAUGUAUACAGUAUUCUGUACUGUAAGGAGGAGGACAUCAUUUUGACAAUUACAAUCUGAUGUAUUAUGUAAUUAUUCAAAACUUGAGUUUUGCUUCCUUGCACAAAAACCCUCUGUUUCCCUUUGCAUGGUUCACCUGUUCUGCUGUCUGUGCCUUUUGAGGACAUUUUUUUCAAGAUGAUGUUGCUAUAGAUUUACACCAUUAUUGAAGGUACGGUCUACCUGUAUGUCUAUGUCUGACAUAUUUUCUUGACUUGUAAAUGUUGUAAUAAUUUAGUGAUCAUUUAUAUGAUUACAUGUGCCACUUUUUUCAGAUUGUUACUAUGAAAACUAUUUUAUACAGUUUUAUCAAGAAAGAACUUGUCAUUGCUUAGGUGUCCUGUUAGAAAUGCAGUAUAGCACAGAUCUUUGUAUGGUAUGCAGACCAGGUUAGCAUUUUGGGAAUAUUUUGUCAAAUUUUUUUGCAAUGCAGUGCAGUAUGUAUUUCUCUCUUUUAUUCGCUGCACUAAGUCCAUUGCUUUUCAGUUUGCUUUGAACCAGCGUUUCUUGUCUUCUUUACUUAAAAUAAAUGAUGAGCAAUAUUAACUUAUUUACCAUUACCUACUGAUUUGUGUCCUGGUUUGCUUCACAAAUCUGUCCAUGCUUUUGCUGCUUGUGCCAUUCUAGAUCUAAAGCACAUGAGCUUGUAGCUUUUAAAUAUUGAAUGAUUAGGGCUAUUCCAUGUGAAGUGGUCACUGUAAAUGGCAAUAAACUUUGGUUUGACAUUGAUGCUGUCUCAUGAAAUUUCUAGCAAUUUAAACUAGAUUUGUCCUCAUUUCCAUUUAUGUAAUGUCAUUUCUAAAACAAGAGACCAUUUACUGUGUUUGUUCAGUGUUUGCUGCUGAAGUCUUAGCUACCAUUGUGAUGUCCUACACACUGUGCUGUAAAUAAAAACAUCUGACCCCCAUG